AUGAAAGAUGCGACCAAAAGCUUACAGCUCAAGUUUCUGGGUAGCUUUUUUGACGGCCUUGGGAUCCCAUUUUUGUUUGACAGGAAGCAUAAAGCUCACCUUGAAAUAUCAGAUGCGGAUGUCAUGCUAGUACUGACAUCGCCAUUUUUUCCCGCAGUAACGUCUCGUAGAGAGCAGGCAGCGUUGUUUGUUGAUGGUCACAACUGCCAUCCCGGUUAUGUCAAACUCAAGUUCCAGGGCGAACAGCAUUGGCUUAGUGUGCCAGGCAUUUUGGUGCGUGAUCAAAAUGGGGAUGUAUGUCUGAGCAACAGAAUCAUGCAAAAUUGCGUCCAAAACCCGAUGCCCGGGUUAGAAAAACUGAAAAUACUUUGGAAAAUGCUUAAUGUCAGUUUUAAUGGUCCUGCGGUAUCGUACAAAUUGCCAAUUUUUUCUGGUGUCAAACGGAAUAUUGUUCUGACAGGCGAUCUUGUGGGAUCAUUUGCGUGGAAUGAGUUUCCUCAUGAAGCACACGAGUGGCUUAGUCGCAAGAGAUCGAGCGGUUGGCCUAGUACGGAGCAAGUUAGGACCGUGAAAGAAUUUGGAUGCCAUCUUGUUCCAGUUGCCAAUCCUGGUGAUCGAGAUAGUCCAACCGAAUGGAGGAUCUCUUUUGUUUUAGGUGAGCGUCAUCUUGCCUUAUCCUUAAAUCAAGGCCAGCGCCGUGUUUACCGCAUCAUAAAACUGAUACAUAAACAGAGGCUGGGGGACCUCGGCGUCCUUUCUACUUACCACCUUAAGACAACGUUAUUCUGGUUAUGUGAGCGCAUCCCACAGGAAAGGUGGACAGAACAAGAGAUGGGGCAACGUUUUUACGAUUUUCUCGACCUCUUGAUUGAUUUUCUCUCCAAGAAGUGCAUUCCAAACUACUUCAUACGGGAAAACAACAUGAUAGAUUACAUGAUUGAACAAUUAGUCAAUGAAAAUGUUGAAAUUUUGUGCGAGAUCCGCAAAAAUCCAAAAGCAAUCCUCGACGAAAUCAAAGCAACAUAUGACCUCCGCUUUGAUCUAGUGGAAUACUUGUUGUCAAAAACUCCUUUCAGGGAUGUUUUGGAGGAGCUUGAAACACAGCAGGUGCGCGCAGGAUCACCAGAGGAUAAAGGUGCAGGAGACUUGCUUAAAGUCAUGAGAGAGAUACUGAUCGACUCGUCAGAAAAUGACUCGGACAGUGUCUUGGGGGCAGUCGGGGGAGCGGUAGACGCCUUUUCAAGGAAAGACCCGGACAGUCCCUUUAAACUAAUGAAAGAAGUUGGAAAGGGGUUGUUGAAAAUAGCCUUGAAAGAUAAAGUCGAAGCAAAAGCAAAACGAACAACUCACUCAGCUUGCAAUGAUAAGCAUGGGACGGCAGCGAGAGGAAAGGUGGACAGUCCCCAAACAACAAACAUUGCAGAAAACACAAUACAAAGAAAGCAUGUAAUAGUGACUGACUCAAUAGGACAGUACCUUGAUGGCAACAGGAUGGGCAGAUCCUACGUGAAAGUACUGAGAGAAAAAACUAUUACAGACGCACAUGACUAUAUAAUCAAAUCAAACCUGGGAAAUCCAGAAUCUUUGACUUUUAUUGUGGGGACAAUUAGCAUUGAUCACCAAAGUGUUGCAGACACUGUCGAAGAGUUGCACCAGCUGCGACAGACAGCAGAAACGAAAUAUCCAGACUGUGAAAUGUAUUUCACGGGGAUCCUGAAUCGUCAACAUAAUCAAAGUUUUAACGAGAGAGCACAGCGGUACAAUGACCUUGUUCAAGCAGAACUCGGAGGCCAACAGAAAGUACAUUUUAUCGCAGUAAAUGAGGUGAUAAACUCCCCAGAUUACUACAGGGAAGAUGGGUUUCACCUCAGUAGGAGGGGCACAAGCCUACUAGCACAAUGUUUAAUGGAUGCACGCACUACUGCUCAACCGCCAUCUUCUACCGACCGUCCAUAA